AUUUUGUCAGGAUCGGUCCUCCAUACAGACGGAGCUUGGCUCUUGAGAUCCGCGCUGAUGGCGGCGGGACGAGGUGAGUUUUUUCGGAAUUUAAUGGAGGGUUUACUGCGGCAGCCUGCUAAACAGACUCCGGAGAUACGUCAACCGAAUCGUGGUAGAGGGAGGCCGCGUCCCGGAGGAAGAUUUGCCAGUCAGGGUAGAGGAUUUUCGGGCCAUAGGAGGAAUGAGCGACAGAAUAAAGUGGCAACUCGAAGCUCGGGUAGCGGAACUGAAGCUAGCUAUCACCCGAGCUGUCCUGGUCAACCCAAAAACGUGUCUCAAAUAAAAUCACCUCCAUGGAAGCUAAACCUCCUCGAAACACUUCCCUCUGAGAUCCUGGUUAAGAUUCUGUCCUACCUGGACCCGUCCUCGUUGUUCUGUGUCAGCCAUGUGAGCAGACUUCUCCAUCGACUCUCCAACGAUGACGUCUUGUGGCAGCGGAUUUACGUGUCUGAGUUUGGCAGUCGGACGUGGAAGCCGAAGACCUCAGAUAAAUGCGCGGUGGUGGAGGACACGGCAGAGAUGGAGGAUUGUUCGGCGAGUCGCUGGAAGAAGUUGUACUUUAAAUCGAUGGCCGGACAUGAAAUGAACAAGUGGAGGAAAGACCUGAGAGACAUCAGUCCAUACACCGGUUUGCCCCGGCAGACUGAGUGGGUCCUCAGGAACCUGAAUGUGAGCUGGGAGCUGACACUGCGCGAUUGUUGGGGACAGGAGCGCAUGUUGGAGCAGAGCAAGGCACACUUCUUUGAGUCUUCUGUGAUUGUUCACUGGAGCGGUGGGAUCGACCUCAAAUUUCAUCACAUCAGCACUAUUCAGCUGCACGGAGUCAGGAAGGAGCCUCAGAGGAGCCACAAAACCAGGAAACCCAAAUGGCGCUCUCUAAUUUUAGAACUGGACACAGAACCUCCGUACCUCUACCUGGGCAAAGACAGACUGAUGAAGCUCAUGCUUUUGCAGCCGGGGGUCAUCGUUGGCAUCUGGAGGGGUAAGAACCAGGUGGCCUUCAUCAUGAUCAGCCUUCACUUCCACAAGCUGGUGGAGAAGAGUCUGCUGGGGUCUCCAGCCUGCCCGUACUCUGAGUCUGUGGGACUCUCACCUGUGGUCGACUCGGACCCUGAGCUGGGUCUUCAUGGCUACACUUUGCACUUCGUUCUGCACAACACCGGCACUGAAAUCAUGUCGGGACACUUUCAGCAGCUGUUUUGUCGCAAAGGUCAGAUUCGGCGCGGGCUGGUGGAGCUCAGGGUCAUUCGGAGGACCUCUUUAUCUCAGCACAGAUCGUUGUCUGGAAACAUCAAACUUCCCUGGAAAGGCGAGGAACUGGAAGGAGCAGUGGAGAACUGCUGCAUCAUGACCCUGACGCUGCUGGACGAGUUCCAGAAACCCUUCUGGUGCGUCAGCACGCCAAUCCACAUCACCAUGGCCAAAAGGACGGUGUCCUUCGACUACAGCGGCCACGACUUUCAGAUGUUGUACAGGAACCCGGACGGAGAGGUGAAGAUGCUGCUGGUGUGGUUGGAGGAGCAGAAACAGUUCUUCCUCAUCGGCCUCACCGUCUGCGUUGCUGUGGCUAAAGUCAACAAGCGUUUCAACAGAGAGUACUGAAGCUGCCCCCUGCUGAUCUGAGGGUUUCACGCAGAUGUUUGUUCUAAUCUGCAGGUUUGAGUUAUGUUGUUAUUGUUGAUAUAAAUGGGCUCGUUCUUCGAGAACACUUUUGUAACGGCUUGUUGCUGAAUUUAAUCUAAAUUUAUCCAAAAGGUUAAGAUUUAUAUAUUUUUAGUUUAAAGAAAAAUUUUUUUUUUUUUACUUUAUCAAAGAAAUCCAACGUCAAAGUUUCUGUUGGAAUUGUGCACAAUAAAUUUGUAUUAACUGUUAAAUAUCAAUUUAAAUAAAGAGUUCAUUUCACCUAAAACACA